UGGCCACCAAGAUAUUUGAUUUACCCGAUAUAAAUUAAGGGGGAGACCUGCUGGAGAGUGGACACCCAGCUUGACAUUCAGUUACAUAUCAUCAACUCACCAUGGCUUCCUUUCAUAAGCUUCUUCUCUUAUUAACAGCACUUUGCAUCUGCACAGCUGAAUCCGCAGAGCUUUGGAGUCAGUUUUGCAAUGACAAUUCUCCAAUAAACAGCACCCAGUUGUCAGCAAACAUCGAUAGCUUGUUGGCUGAAUUGGUAUCAGGAACUGUCCUGAAUGGUUUCACCACCAGCUCCUACGGCAAAGCCAAAGACCAAGUCUUUGGCCUGGGACAAUGCAGAGGAGAUGUGAGCAACGAAGAUUGCUCGAGCUGCAUCAAAGAUGCAUCGAAACAAAUUCGCAAACUUUGCCCGACUCAAGCUGAUGCUCGAAUUUGGUAUGAUUACUGUUUUCUAAGAUAUGAAACCGAGAAAUUCUUCGGGCGCGUUGAUACAUCAAUCGGGAUAUUCUUCUACAAUGUUGAGAAUGUAACCGAUCCUGACUCUUUCAACAAAGAACUCGGAAAAUUGUCGGAUAAGAUCAGUUCAGAGGCUGUUGCCCCUGGAAACAACGGGCUAGGGAGAGGAAAGAAAGAGUUGUCACCUUUUUUGACUCUAUAUGAAUUGGUUCAAUGCACAAGGGACCUCUCGCAGCUUUCUUGCGAACAGUGCUUGGCCAUAGCAAUCGGGGAAUUCCCCACCUUCUGCAAUAACAAGAAAGGAUGCCGAGUUCUCUACAGUAGCUGCAUCGUCCGUUAUGAGUUAUAUCCGUUUUUCUUCCCUCUCGACCCAAAAGAGACCUUAGUCAAUAUGCCCAUGAAGUACUACCACUCGUCCACAGUUAUUAAGCCUUAAACGCAUAACAUAUGCUUAUUAUACAGAUUCAGUUCUUCACUGAAUUUUGUGCUCAGUAAUACUCAGUUUCUGUUCUGUGUCGUUGUCGACAAAUCCUCGUAUGGCAUCGUUCUCGCAUUCCAUAUAUAUAUAUAUAUGUAUGUACACACUCAAUAAUCUACCAUGUCAUUGGCAGGAUAACUGAUGAAUCCCAAUAAGCAAAUUGUCAGUGCUGGUUUGCCACCAACUUUUCGGUUUGUCGCGGCGGGCUAUGCCACAACUUACCGGAGGGGAAAAGGAUAUAUGCAAUUUUUGAGAGAAUGUUGGCGGUGAUAAUAGGAUAUAUGAUAUUUUUUUUGAGGAUUACUUUCAGUUAAAGGUUAAAGUUGGGAUUUAGAACUCCGAGUCCGAAUCCCUUUUUUC